CGGGCGUGAAUUGUCGUAGUCAUGCGCUGCUGGCGUCGGCUGUGGCUUGCAUUAGCACUCGUAAGCGUGUCCUUCCAGGGAGAGAACGGCCUCGUGCAUGGGUACCAUCAGUCCGCCGAUCCGUACUCAACUCUAGGCAUCUCCCGCGGCGCGUCGGAGGAACAGAUCAAGCGCGCGUACAAGAAACUCGCCAUCAAGUACCAUCCCGACAAAAACACCCAGGGCAACCAGGAAGCGGCCAAGGAAAACUUUGUGCGCAUUCAAGAAGCAUACGAGUCUCUCACUACCAAACGUCCGUCUUCGUCCCCUCAGAGCCGGUACAGUUCGUACCACCAGCCUCCUCCGCAACACCAGUACCAUCAGGAACAACAUCAGUACUACCACUACUCGUACUCGUCCCAGCAGCAGCAGCGACCUCCGUCAUCAACCAACUCCACGACUCCCAUCUUGUACUUCUUCGUUCUCGGCGUCAUCGCCAUGUACAUUUACACCAAGGUCACGGAAGAUGACGACAGCAACAACAACGAAUCGACAACCCGUUCAACUUCCCAUGCCCAGUCGACACCCCCAACCCCCUCGUCACAGCGCCUAAGUACGUCGCCUUUCGCGUCGUUGGCAGCGACAUACGCGCCCCAUGUCCAAGAGCUCACGCCCGAGCUGCUCCAGACCAAACGGCGUCGUGUUGUGAUCUUUUGCAUGCGAACGUCGCCGUCGUACUGCUCUCGUCUAGCGCAAUGGAUCCACGCCGACGCUGUCGCAGAAGAAUUUAAGCUCGACCCGGUGGUGUUUGCCUGGGUUGAUGUCGACAGCGGACCAAGUCGCAGAUCCAACUGGACAGCCUUUUUCGAUGCCCACUUGAUCGAGUCUGCUUCGUGUGUGAUUGUCGCAGUCACCAACCAGUCCAAGUUUGUGCCGUUCACGUUUCCCGAGGGAGACAUGAGUUAUUCCGAUCUGCAAGGCUGGCUCGGGCGGCUAGUUGGAGGGGAAGCAUCGCCCCCAAAGCCGCUGCUGAUGAGUGUCCCUGCCUGAUAAGGCCAAGAUUAAUACUUUACAAAUAGUAGAUAUUUGAAUUAUUUUUGGAAGACG